CCCGGGUCACAGCGCCGGGCGGCGGUGGGAAGAUGCGGCUGCGGCUCCUGGCGCUGGCGGCGGCCGUGUUGCUGGGUCCGGCCCCGGAAUUGUGUGGUGCUCUCAAUGUCACUGUGUCCCCAGGACCUGUGGUUGACUACUUGGAAGGGGAAAAUGCCACUCUCCUCUGCCACGUCUCCCAGAAGAGACGGAAGGACAGUUUGCUGGCUGUGCGCUGGUUCUUUGCCCCUGAUGGCUCCCAGGAGGCCUUGAUGGUGAAGAUGACCAAGCUGCGGGUGAUUCAGUACUAUGGGAACUUCAGCCGUACUGCCAACCAACAGAGGCUGCGCCUGCUCGAGGAACGUCGGGGCGUACUCUAUAGGCUGUCCGUCCUGACCCUCCGGCUGGCGGAUCAAGGGCAGUAUGUCUGCAAAGUCCAAGAGAUCAGCAAGUACAGGAACAAGUGGACAGCCUGGUCCAAUGGUUCCUCAGCAACAGAAAUGAGAGUGAUCUCUCUCAAAGCUACUGAAGAUCCAUCACUUGAGAAAAAGAAAGCCACCUGGUCAUUAUUUGAAGAUCUCUAUAUGUAUGCCGUCCUUGUGUGCUGUGUGGGGAUCCUCAGCGUUCUGCUCUUCACCCUGGUCAUCGCCUGGCAGUCUGUGUUUCACAAGAGGAAAUCUAGAGUGAGACAUUAUUUGGUGAAAUGUCCUCAAAACAGCUCAGGGGAGACUGUCACCAGUGUGACCAGCUUGGUCCCACUGCAGCCACAGAAGGGCAAGAGGCAGAAGGAGAAGGCAGAUGUCCCACCUGCAGUCCCUGCCAAAGCUCCAAUAGUCACCACUUUCCACAAACCAAAGCUGCUGAAACCACAGAGGAAAGUCGCCCUGCCAAAGAUUGCUGAGGAAAACUUGACGUAUGCCGAGCUGGAGCUGAUCAAACCACACCGCACUGCCAAGGGUGUCCCCAGCAGCACUGUGUACGCACAGAUCCUCUUCGAGGAGAACCAGCUGUAGUGACGUCUCUCUUCUGGCUGUCGCCUUGCUCCCACUUACGACACACAGAAACAAAGGCCCUAUUUUUGUAUCUUCACUUGUGCCUUCAGUGUGAUGGGGAAUCCCUUCCCAUGACAUUCUCGUGGCUUCUGAGAGGUACGCACUCCCCAGGAAAGAAGGGGAACAGUCUUUGGCCAUGUUUCCUCAGACCAGAGGUCCCUGGCCUGAUCCUGAGGUGCAAGGACUCUGCUUCUAAAAGCAUUUGCUGAGCCAACCCUUAUCACCUUCCCUUCCUUUCUUGAAUCUUAAUUUGUUGGAAAACAAAUUAAAUCUUAAUUUUAAUCUGCCAGCCUUACCGUGUCUAAGACAUCAAGUGCCCAGUUUAUAGACACAGGAAAUGCCUGUGGGAUAGAUGGACUCACCGAUUCUCUGAGGUUCAGGUGGCACUGCUGGGACACCCAAAGCACAGCAAGCCCCUGAUGGUGACAGCAAGCAGCAGCUUAUGAAGGCAUCCGUUGUUGUUAGUAGGUGCUCUGAAGCUGGCCAUAGCAGGGCACGGGUGCUGAUGAUUACAAGUCUGAGGUCUGCCUUGGGGAAUUCUGGUACUCCUCUUUAGACCCAUCCUUCCCCAGGGCCACAAAAUCACCACUGUAAAGUGCUUGUCUUCCUUUGGCAUGGACCUAGAAUGAUAGGAAAAUAUAUUGUUCACUCUUUCCCAAAGACUCAACUGUGGGACCAGUGGGUACAUCAUGGAAGUGGGUAAAGUGUGCCAAACUUGGUCACCUCCCACUCGGGAGAGAGCAGGCUCUCUCACUGUCUCUUCCAUGUAGAAGCAGAAGUACAAGCCAUGCUGGAAAACUGUACCCAGGAAGACUCAACUCUUGGCAACUGCUUUGUCCAUCUUAAUCUUGGCUGUGAGCUGUGAUGGUCUUGUGUGGAUGUCAGUGGACCAUGGGGGUGUUUCUCUGUGGACCUAAACAAUGUAGAGAGCCGUCAGACUUAAUGCAAGUAGACCUGUUCUGCGAGAGUCACCUCGAUAAUCCGAGUGCUGUUCAGGAUGCUUCUUGAUAUGUGUGUGUUCUGCUGGCCA